AUGGCCACCGACAACAAAGCGCACCUCCUCCCGCCGUCCUAUAAAACCCAAAUAACCGCCUGGCUGGCCGAAGACACCCCCACCUUCGACUACGCCGGCUUCGUCGUCGGCGAAGUGCCCCGGCGCGCCACCCUCCUCGCCAAGUCGCCCGGCAUCCUCGCCGGCGUCCCCUUCUUCACCGAGGUCUUCGCCCAGACGGGCUGCAGCGUCGAGUGGCACCACGCCGAGGGCGCGCCGCUGGACCCGUCGUCCUCGCCCGGCGGCAAGGUCCAGGUGGCCACGGUGGCCGGCCCCGCGCGCGGCAUCCUGCUCGGGGAGCGCGUGGCCCUCAACACGCUCGCCCGCUGCUCCGGCGUGGCCACCCAGUCGCGCCGCGUCGUCUCGCUGGUCCGCGGCGCCGGCUACGCGGGCGUCCUGGCGGGCACGCGCAAGACCACCCCGGGCUUCAGGCUCGUCGAGAAGUACGGCAUGCUGGUGGGCGGCGCCGACGCCCACCGCAUGGACCUGAGCGCCAUGGUGAUGCUCAAGGACAACCACGUCUGGAGCAGGGGCAGCAUCACCGACGCCGUGCGGGCCGCCAAGGCCGUCGCCGGCUUCAGCGUCAAGGUCGAGGUCGAGGUGCAGAGCGAGGAGGAGGCCGACGAGGCCAUUGCCGCGGGCGCCGACGUCGUCAUGCUGGACAACUUCACUGGCGACGGGGUCCGCGCCGCGGCGAGGUCGUUGAAGGAGCGCUGGGCGGGGAGGAGCUUCCUGCUCGAGGUUUCGGGGGGGUUGACGGGCGACAAUGUCGAGGCGUAUGUCUGCAAUGACGUGGAUAUUAUUUCAACCAGCUCCAUCCACCAGGGUGUGCCGCACGUCGACUUUUCUCUCAAGAUUGAGCACUGA